AUGCCACCCCAGAAAAGUUUGAUAGCCGAACUGCUGAGAAAACAAGCAAAACCGGAGCAGGUGGAACGCGAACCAUCUGUCGGUCCACAUGAACAGGAGAGUUCUUAUUAUAACCUUGAUCUGCACGUUGGUGAUGACGUUCGAUUGUCGCAGUCAACCAUUGCCACUUUUUCAAGUACCAGUGAUCAGUUCUCCCCAAUCUCUACGGGGAACAUUCAAAAGAAUACUUAUCAGUGUCCACUGAGUAACAUAGAUACGAAAUCCCACGAGUUCCCGGAACUCAGUGAUUCCGGUUCUGCCGAGCUACCCACUGGUGGUUCUUAUGAUUCAUUAAAUUCGCACAAUGCAUUCGAAAUUUUUGCAUGGAAUCAAAAGAAGAAAUGGGGGAAUCCCGAGGGAACAACCAUGCUUGGAACUGUAAGCGAAUAUUGCUACUGCUCAAGCAAUAACCAGCCUUAUUAA